AUGGCGGAGUAUUUGGCUGCUAUUUUCGGUACAGAAAAGGACAAGGUUAACUGUUCUUUUUAUUUCAAAAUCGGAGCAUGUAGACAUGGUGACAGAUGUUCUAGAAUUCACAACAAGCCGACAUUCUCUCAGACUGUACUCCUGCAGAAUCUUUAUGUAAAUCCACAAAAUUCAGCCAAGUCUGCAGAUGGAAGCCAUUUGGUGGUAGCUAAUGUCUCAGAUGAAGAAAUGCAGGAGCAUUAUGACAACUUCUUCGAAGACGUCUUUGUUGAAUGUGAAGAUAAGUAUGGGGAGAUUGAGGAAAUGAAUGUUUGUGACAAUCUCGGUGAUCAUUUGGUUGGAAAUGUUUACAUUAAGUUUCGGCGAGAAGAGGAUGCUGAAAAAGCUGUCAAUGACCUCAACAAUCGGUGGUUUGGUGGCCGACCAGUGUAUGCUGAGUUGUCUCCUGUUACAGACUUCAGAGAAGCUUGCUGUCGCCAGUAUGAAAUGGGAGAGUGUACCCGUAGUGGUUUUUGCAAUUUCAUGCAUCUUAAACCAAUCUCCAGGGAACUAAGGCGGUAUUUGUAUGCACGUCGUAAGGGCGGAAAGCGUUCCCGUUCCCGUUCUCGAGAACGUCGUCGCCGUUCGCGUUCUAGGGAAAGAGGCCGUCGUGAGCCACCGCGCAACUCACGCGCAGGGCGUUACUAA